CGUCACCCUCACUCAACCAUGCCCGUGGAUACGCGAGCCGUGCCACCUAGCAAGUCUCGCCGAUGGACGGGACGGCGAGUCGAAUGAGCGCGACGAGAGCGAGAAGCUGUCAACUGUGCCUCGUAACGAAAGAGCCUCUUGCAGCACUGAAAAUACAAACACGAUUCCCACAUUCCGUGACCAGAAGGAUCACUAUUGGACGGAGAGCAGCCGUUAUGCGGAGAUCACGCGUGUCAGGAAUCGCUUGCAGGGCUUCCGUGACGUGCUGAUGCAUUUUCGCAACUUGACAAAGGCGCUUUGCUUGAUUUCACGCGCCCCGCCAGAAAGAAAUGCUGCCGGUGUUCAAGGUGCUGCAAGUUCUGUUCUGGAGCCAGCGCAAAGAUCUUCCUCGUCUCAAACGAGAAAACGAGUGGACAACGGUACACACGCAACGACGUUGCUGCAGCCUAGCAACGCACCUCUCGCGGCAGGGGCCGCUUGGUGGAGGAUGCAAGAAAAACGAGCAGAAUAUUCGCCUCCAGGUGAGCAACUGCAGCCCGACGGUCCGAAAAGAGACGAAGCGCCGCUUUGCGUGCUGCACUUCAAAGAUGCUGCGGAAAAACCGAACGGGGAUGGCACCACUGCGCAUGUAGAAGAGAGGGCCGAAGUAAACAAGACGAGGAACCGCCUCGCGGCGUGCGCUUUCAUAGCAGAUCAGAGUUUCUUCGACAAAGGUGAUGCAGUCACGACGAAGCAAGUGCAAGGCCAGCCGCAAAACAGGAGCAACGAACAAGUAAAUUGCCUUCAACUUCAGGGCGCUGUGCGUUUCUUCCUCGUGCAGUCCGGAUCCUACAAGUACUGGCGCGCACGGGAAGGCUUACGGGCUGCGUACGCUGAUCUCAAAACAGCGAGUGAGCAGCUGGACAAAAAAAUCAAGCAGUUGCGAGAGGAGUUGGAGGAAGUAGUGCGGGGGAAAAAUGGUUGCAUGCUGUCCAUUCUGGAAUAUGACCGUGCAGAUUCGGGUUCGGGGUCAUCUCGACGUCGCCACAAAAGUAACAAGUCACAUGGGCUUUACCGUCUAAAGGCCGAUCCCGGGGGAGACCUCAUAUUUUUGCCUCGAGGGGAGGGCUUUGCUGCCUGCUCAUUGGAAGAGUUCCGCCAAAAGACGUCAGCCUACCAUCGUACGACAAAGAAAUUGGAAAAACUGGAGGGGACACGCGAUGCGCUCUCUCUGCUGCUGGAUAGUGCGGAGGCUGUGUUGUAUCAAAAAGGGCGCAUUGUGUCUGCCAGCGAUGCGUCUGGAUCAUCGUCGUUCUUGAAAAAGGGCGCAGGCGCUUCAGCAUCUUCCGGCAUUGGGGGCGUUGCUGAUAUGAAGAUGGGGUUCGGGAGCGAUCAUGAGUUGUCAGGUGGCAACGAGCUUGGAAUUCCGUCCAUUUACACCAGCAUAUUGGCACCCAUGGAAACUGAGAUAGAGACACAGACGGCGGUUAUGCUAGCCGUUCUCAAAGACGCUGUCGAUGUAUCUGCUUCUCCAGCGAGCGAUGCCUCGACAGGCGCAGCCUUCCUCUCGGAAAGAUUCGAGAGACACACAAACGAACCGCUGGUGCACUGCGCUGUCUGUAAGGCGCAGCUUCCGCAGUCCCUGAUGCUUUGCAACAAUGGAAAUGGCGGUGACGCGAGGACUGCGUCUGAGGGCAAUCCCAAUGGUAAUGACGAUAAAGUCGCCAAACGCUCGGCUCCUAACUGCUGCCUUUUGUGUGCGGACCGGAUUCGGCACGACAGAAAGAUAUGCCCGCAGCGUUUCCUCGCUGAAAGUAGACGUCAUAAUGUCGAAGCAGGCCAGCAUGAGAAGAGCGCCAGAAGUACUGGCGCUGCGCUGAAGUCACAUAUUUUCUGUCCUCACCAGCAUCGAUGCUUGGCUUGCGACAAUACGGCUUUUGUUCGUUGUGGCGAGUGCGGACUGGCACGGGGCGGUGCGGAUGAAGUUCAAGAUUUGGUAACGAAAUUAGUACAAGGCGAACAAAGUGCUGCAGCCCAAGGAAAUAAAAGCUUUGCCCAUCUCUUUCUCGACUUUGAUUUGACGCUUUGCUCUACCAAGGGAGGGGCAAACCCGCUGAAGGGUGCGCAUGAGCUCGAUUCAGAGCUUGUGGACGUCAUCAAAUACCUGCUGUCCGGCGAAAGAAAACAUGAAUGUGCUGAAAUGCCACAAUGCACACACGACGACGACCACGUAGAAGAUGAUUCUGCCGCCGGCUUCCCUGAAGAGCAAAACAAGCGCGACCUGACCACCGGGCGAGUGACCAUUCUGACCAAAAAUCCGCACCGCGAAGAGAUCCGGUCUUUCGUUCAACGUGAGACUGGUCUCAGUGUGCGCGUAGUCACCGUUCCCGGCCGAAGCAGCAAGCGCGAGUGGGUCGCGGAGAAGCUGCAGCAAGGCAGCGUGGUGUUUGUCGACGACGACAUAAAUGAACACGCAGCAAUCGGAAAUUUGCCUAACCUCUGGAGAAUUCACUUCACAAGGGAUGAGUAGACUUGAACUGCUUGACUAGCAGGGAAGCAAGAAUUUUUAUGCAGCAGCACUCUGCCUCUCAAUUUCAGUUUGCAGGACUACGAGGUAACCAGCUGGAUUGGUGUUGCAGUUUCAUCUUUGAUCACCUUCCGCGUGAUCGGUCUAUCUGAGUUUAUUUCUGCGAUUUUGAUCAUAGCAAAAGCGAAGAAGGAAAUUUACAAAAAGCAAAACGAG